AUGCGACUCUCCUUGGCUCUGUUCGUGGCCAUUUUGGCGCUCUCCGAAGCCCGACGCUCCUACGAAUCCGAUGACAGCAGUCAUGAAGCCGAUGCUCGGAAUCGAAGCCAUGCCGAUAAACAGUUGAAAGUGGAUGGUUCCGGGCACAAGAGCCUCAAGCAAAAUAAGACCGCUAGUGCCUCCAAAAGCCAUAAAGAUGCGGAUGCCCACAAGAAGUUUGUUGAAGGUCCUAAUGGCUAUUCUCUGGCUGAAUCUUCAAACCUAAAUCAAGCCGCCGACAACUCGGACUCUCAGAGCUCUCUAGAGCUGGUUCAGGGUCCUGAUGGCUUUAGUAAAAGCCAAUCCAGCGACGAAAGCUCGUCUUCUUCCAGUUCAAAGAAAUCCCAUAGCAGCAAGGUUAUUGUUGAUGGAGAAGGAGGAGCCAACUUCGGGGGCUAUGGGUCUUCUCAAUCUGACGGUCAAUAUGGGGGUUUCCAAUACAGCAGUGAAUACGGCGCUAGUCAAUUCGGCGAUAGAUUGGGUCAAUAUGGAUCUGAAGCCGCCUAUGGCCAAUCAGGCUAUAAAACAGGUCAAGUUAGCGGUGAAAAUGUAAACGAACAACAGAAAGGACAAGGUGGACUCUAUGGACCCCGUCCUCUUCCUCUUGGAGGUAAGUCUCUCUCAAAAUUUUCAUCAUAAAAUUCCAGAAGAUGAAGAUGAUGAACACAACCCGGCCCACUCCGGAUAUGAGACAGUAAAUCCUCGUGAUCAUCACAAGCCUCCUCACCAGCCUCUUGAGGAAGAACACAACCCAGUUCAUGCUGGAAAUGAAGAGUUUAGACCUGAGCCUUUCCCUUAUGGAGGUAAGUCUCACUCUAUUGUAAUGAUCAUAAUGCUUAACUUCCAGAAAGUGAAGAAGGAGAACACAGCGCAGUCCACCCGGGAUAUGAGCCAGAGGAUAAUCAUGAGAACAGAAGACCCAAGGAUCAACCUCUUGAAGACGAGCAUAGCCCAGUUCAUGCCGGAAAUGACGAGUAUGGCUAUCCUGCAGAAAAUGGGCCUGCUCCAAGUCCUGAUGUUUCAAAAGAUCAGGUCUUUACUAAUGAUCCAGCCGGGUCUCCUGACAAGCAAGUUUCUCAAGGAGAAGGAAGAAAUGAUGGAGAUGACUCAAUAAUUAUCGAAAUCUUCCUUCCUAAACCUAGUGAACCGAAUGAUCAGCAUCCUGAAGACGAGCAUUACCCAGUUUAUAGUGAACAUGAAGAGAAUGAGCCUCCUCAUCAUGAUGAUCAUAGCAAUUUUGAUCCUCAACUGAACCCAUUGGCUUACAUCACGGUUUAUUAUCAACCCCCGGUUCCAUUAACGCCCAAAAGGUCUGUUUCCCAAGGUGGGAGAAGCCUAGUUGGUCAAAGAAUUGAUGAUGACCAAGGAAACCAAAAAAUACAGGAUGAACUACUCCCUGAACAUCCACAGCCCCUCCCAGUUAACGAAGAAGACCAAUAUCCUUCUCGCCCUCCAUUCGAGCCGUUCAUGUCUUAUCCAGCCUCGAUUUUAACCCCUUCUCCCAGACCGACCAUCAUUCUUGGCCCGCCAACUUACUUCACCACCGCGCGGCCUGCGAUACUUGUUGAUCCUCUCAGAACAACAAGCGUUCCAAGACCACAAGUCAGCCCUAGAAUUGGCACCGCCAUUUUAGGGCCACGACUCCCAGUUGCGGCGGGAAAUAAAGGCCAAACUUUGGAGGGCGAACCAAGAGUUGAAAAAGUUCCAUCGGUCAGCGCUAAGGUCCGUCAUGGAGGAUACGAUGAGCUGAAUGACAGCCCGGCCAACUCGAAGAAAGUUUUCGAUGGAACUCAAACAAACGAACCAAGAGUUCCAGUUCAGCCUUUUGCCAGCGUCCCAGUCCGACAAAGAGGAUAUUCCGCCAUCGAUGAGCUGGAUGACAGCUCGGCCAACUCGAAGAAACACACUCACAACAAAAACGAGCUGAUCAAAGGCCCCGGCGGCCAAAAGAAAGCCUCGUCUUUGGACAACAACAACCAAUCUGAAGCCUCCAAAGUUCAUAAGAAGUCGGUGAUCCGCGCUGAUCGCCAUGGGAAAUAUUCCAAGUCCGCCGAGGAGUCGGGAUCCAACGCGUCUGCGCAGAAUCAUGUCAAAGCCAACAACUUGGAAGAGGUCGGACCUAAUGGGUAUUUGAAGAAGAACGAGGUGGAUCAGGGAACCGCCAGCAAGGCCAACAAGUUCGACAAGAAGAGCAAUAUGGAGAGGAAUGCUGAUGGAAGUUUCUCCUCAAGCCAAGAGGAGGAUUCGUCCAGCGCAAGUCAAGAGAAGAGCCACAAAGCCAAGAGCAUUGUUAUGGAAUACAAGUGA